UCAAAAUUUGGGAGCUGGCGACCGUUGUGGAGGUUCUGGUUAUGGCGUGUGUGCCAUACCCUCUCUCGCAAUUUCAUUGUGCUCUUUCCGCCGCGUCUAGAGUGUCUCUUUUCCCCUCCCACUUCCAUCUCCACUUCGAUCUCUCUUCUGUGACGAACCGAACAAGCCACGCAUGUCGCCCUGAGGUGCUGUUCAGCGACCAAUCGAAUCACAUUGUGCAGUGUGAGCUCUGGUGUAACGGCAACGUCGGAGUUGUGCCAUGGCGAGGAUUUGAGACCGGCUGUAUUGCUGAGGGACCCUGCCCGCCCCUUUCGUAAUGUAACGGAUUGGAUAGCAUCACGUGGAGACACCAGCUGAGAAUUUACUUGGGCUAAUGUUUAAAGCUCCCUCCCCUCUGCUUCUACCCUCACGUCCCUCCUCUCCUGCUCCAACUUCGGAAGGACCUAUGUCUGCAAACAAGUCAGAUCCACCAAUCAGACAGCUAAGUAACCGCUGGCCGUUCUUUAGUGAGGGCGAACUCAAGUGGCUCCUAUCCCCCAAGAAAUCAGCCUACAGCGAAGACAUUGAAGCUCACAUGGUUGCGUCGAUGGAUUCUACCAUCGAGGAAGGUAAAAGGAAGGUUGAGGGUGAAAUCGAAAGUUGCCCGGGACCGAUGCCUAGCGAAAGCCCGGUAGCCUUCUCCCUAGACGAUAAAUUAAGCUGGAGAGAAGCGGGUGUGGGGGGGAAAAGUCCGACUGAGAAUACAUUUGCUUCCCUGGGUGAUAGGUUCACCAAGCUUGGAAUACAAUGUAGCACUGACAUAGGCCCCCUCGGUCCACGAUCCUUGCUCUUUCAAGACAUAGCUGUGACCUCUGUAGCAGACAAAAUGAAGGACUCUCAUGCUGUCACUACAAUUAGCACUGCAGACUGCAGUCCUGGAGAUGCAACUCGCAGCUCUGGGGACACAUCAGGAGUUUAUCAGAAUUCCGGUAACCAAACUAAUCCCUUUCUCACUAACUCGUGUGAAGAAGGGCAAGAGUCGUUUGCUGGCAAGGACACCCAAGGUGAAACCUCAAGUAUUGCCGGAAACGAUUUGACUCCGACCACUGAGGGUGUCCAGGAAGAGAUACCUACUUCUUCCGACCACCAUACCAUACAGAACCACCCUCUAUCCAAAGAGGGUGAUCAACAAGAGUCUUCAGACGUGGAUGAUGAAGAUGAAGAAGAAGAGAUUAUGAACAGUUCUGUUAAGAGGAUGAGUUUUGCUAUUCAGGACGGGAAGCAAAUGCCAAAGUUCUCAGCAGAUGAUGUUGUCCUCGCAAUUAACUGCGGAGGGACGUUGAUCGAGAAUGAAUCUCAUGGAAUUAGUUUCGAAAGAGAUGAAUACUACACUGGUGGAGAUGUCCUGAGAACUGAAGAGGAAGUCACCGGAGUACACGGUGCAGGCUUGUACCAAACCUCGCGUUACGGGAAUGUCUCUUAUGUCUUUAAAGAGUUGCCAAUUGGAAACUAUGUGGUGGAUCUACACUUCGCCGAGAUCAUAUUCACCAACGGUCCGCCAGGAAUGCGUGUAUUCGACGUGACCAUCCAGGAAGAGAAGGUUAUAACUGAGCUUGACGUGUACGAAGAAGUGGGAUCUAACAACGCACUGAUACUUAGUGUUAGUACGUCAACAGCGGACGGUAAUCUGACAAUUACAUUCGAGGGCGUGAUUGGUAGUCCUUCGAUCAGUGCCAUUUGCAUCCGCACAGGCCCGCCUUCAAGCUGUCCUGCAGGUGCUCGAAAAUCUGUGGCGUCCAAGUCAAUGAUCGAAGAUGCUGGAGCUACUGCGCCAGACUCCGAACCUCUAGGCUACGAGCAGGAACUGAAUCGGAAGGAUGCAAAAGUGCGCCAGCUUCCCGAGCAGAAAGCUCGUCGCCAUAAGGCGAAGAAAAAGACCCGAAAGUCUGAGUAUGAAGCCAGACUGAAGGAGCUGAUGGACGAGUGUCAUGAGGCUUGGAUAUCCCUUCAAGACACCAACCGUAUGAACGAAAUGUUGCGGGACGAUCUGUGUGCCAAGUCGCUCUGCGUUGAUUCCUUGGCUACUGCGGUGGAGACUCAACUCAGCGAAAUGAAUGCUAUCAAAGAGCGAGCCCGAAAUGAGAAGCAGAAGUGGUUAACCACAAUAUCCAAAGCGUACAAAGAGAUCAUGGUUCUGAAAGAAGAGCAGCGUUUACUAUCAACCAGGACGAAACAGUGGGUUGCUUCCUUUCCCGACCCCACAGUAAUGACAACAUCCGUUCGUUCCCUAUUGAAUGAACACCAGGAUUUGCGAAAGAAAUAUGCGAACGAGUGCUACGAGCGUAAGCAACUCUACAACAAGGUGCUCGAGUUGAAAGGAAACAUUCGGGUUUUUUGUCGCUGCAGGCCACUGAGUCCUGUAGAGGUUGCAGCUAAUGCCUCUUCUGUAGCCGAAUUUGAAUCCGCCGGAAACGGUGACAUUGUCGUACGUAAUGGAACUGCCGGGAAGAAGUUAUUUAAGUUCGAUCGAGUGUUUUCUCCUCAAGAUGAUCAAGCCGAUGUAUUCGCAGACACAGCCCCGGUGGUGGUGUCGGUUCUUGACGGCUAUAACGUAUGCAUCUUUGCUUACGGACAGACUGGUACUGGAAAGACAUUCACUAUGGAAGGCAAUGUUGCAAAUCGAGGUGUGAAUUACCGGACUCUGGAGGAACUGUUCAAUAUCGCUGCUCAACGCAAAGGAGAGACCAAUUACGACAUCUCCGUUAGUGUUAUGGAGGUUUACAACGAGCAGAUUCGUGAUCUCUUGGCACCUCCUGCCGCUCAAGAUCAAUCUACUAAAAAGUUAGAGAUCAAGCAGGCAGCUGAAGGGGGUCAUCAUGUGCCGGGCUUGGUAGAAGCCAAAGUAACCAGUAUGGAGGAAGUUUGGGACGUUCUUCAAGCCGGCAGUAGCUCCCGGACGGUGGGCUCUACUCGUGCUAAUGACCACAGUAGCAGAUCUCACUGCAUGCUUUGUGUCAUGGUGAAAGGUGAGAACCUUGUAACUGGAGAGCACACGAAGAGCAAGCUAUGGCUAGUAGAUUUGGCUGGAAGCGAAAGGGUGGCUAAGAGUGAUGCCCAAGGUGAUCGUCUCAAGGAAGCCCAGAACAUCAACAAGUCCCUAUCAGCCCUGGGAGACGUCAUUCAAGCACUAUCAAUAAAGAGCAGCCAUAUACCCUUCAGGAAUUCAAAACUCACUCACCUUUUGCAAGACUCUCUAGGAGGAGAUUCCAAAACACUUAUGUUCGUCCAAAUUAGUCCUAAUGAUGCAGAUCUCAGUGAGACUCUUUGCUCGUUAAACUUCGCCAGUCGAGUUCGAGGAGUUGAACUUGGUCCGGCCAGGAAGCAUUUAGACUCAAAUGAGUUAUUCAAGUACAAGCAACUCGCGGAGAAAACUAAGCAAGAGUCCAGAUCUAAAGAUGAGUCGGUUAGAAAACUUGAGGAGAAACUUCAAGCAGCUGAGGCGAAAUUGAAAGCGAAGGAUCAGCUAUGUCAAUCCCUUUCCGAUAAGGUAAAGGAGAAUGCGGAUGCUGAUACACAGCUUGUGAAUGAACGACGAGCCCGUCAGACCGCAGAAGCGAUGUAUCGUGAGCUCAAAGCAAAUAUGGAAAAAAUCACUGCAGACUCCAAGUCGUCAAUGGAUAAACUUGCUGAAAAGUCGGCUGCUGAACUGAGGCAAACUAGAGAAGCGCUUGCUGCACUUGAAGCGAAGCAAGCAAGGGAGUCAACUGAACUGGCACAAGCUAGGGACGCACUGGCAGCGGAACUGAAGCAAACAAAGGAAGCGCUUCACUCUGCAUCCGCUGCCCACGCUAACGAAGUCUCAAGGUUGCUCCAACAGUUGCAGCAAGCAAAUGAGACUCGCACGACGCCAAUGCAACAGUCAACCCCAUCAACUGUCCUGACUGGUAUUCAAACGAACAUCGAAACAACGCUUCGUCGACCUGCGCUUGUGGAGGCUGGUACAACCCCUCUGGACAGAACGCCUACGGUAGAGUACGUGGUCAAGCCACCGGAUGCUACCGAGGUGAUGCGCAACAGCUGCACAGGGGAGGUCUUCGGCAAUGAGAACGCAUGUCCGCAACCAAUCAAUACUGAAGCUGCAGAAGCUCAAAAUAAGGCUAAAGGGAUUCUCAAGCAAUCCUCCGCUACAAAAUAUGUCUCCCCCAACAACGCAGCCAAGCGUGUUCUAGGCAAACCGCGUCGGCCAGGAUUCGCCGUGAAGCCUCCAGUGCAGGUGGGGUCCUUGGUGCGCCGCUCUCAUGACUCUCUGGCAGGCAGUUCAGUGACUGCCUCGCUCUCCGAAGAUGAGCUUCAAAGACUUUGUGGAGGAUUAGAUAUGAUAGCAACGAGCAACACUUCCACGUUCGAUGCCAGUCUCCGGACUCUAGCGCAUGUGUUGGAAUCCUCCACCCCUACCAGCGUCAAAAGCUGCAGCUCUGUUGCUCGUCCCCCAGCUCAGCCCAAGUCUGUCCACUUCAGGAGCCCUCUUUUGCUUCCUCCUCGUGAUGACCUCGAAGUGAAGGAGGUUAACUCCACUCUCAGAGAAACGGAACCGAACACCAGACCUUCAAGCAUGAAUUCAACCAAAACAGCGAGAAGGACUCUACCUACUCGACCAUUGUCGAAAGCUCCUGUCUCGGGCCCUCACCGAGUGGUAGCUGGUCCUGCGAAAGCCCAAGCUGUGUCAGCAUUGAGAGAGAAGAGAUGGAACUAGCUUUUGUGUGAUGCACAACUAGUGCAUCUGGUGGCAAGAUGUGUACAUUAUGUGAAAGUGACAACUAGAUUAAUUGGGCCCUCUGGUUCCAUCUCUUCGUAUGCAGUAUCAUUCUAAUGAUUUUCAAACAGGGGGGCUGCCAUUGUAUAAAUCAUAACUAACACAUGUAUUGAUGAGAACUGGUUAUGGAAUUGAUUCGUCCUUACUUUGCCCUUCGA